AUGACUUGCGCUGUCGAAGAAGCCACUGCACCUAUCCAGGUCAGGGUUGGCGUUGAUCGCCGCAACUUUGCGUUUGUUGACUACACCAAGCACCGUCUUCACGAAGGGAAACCCGAAGUAAUUAUUACGGGCUUGGGGCGCGCCAUUUCCGACGCGGUUGCCGUAGCAGAGAUAUUGAAGAAUCAGGGCCUUGUUACCGUGAAGAAAAUUACCACUUCACGGGGCAAUAUUGAAGACUCUUCGACGUCAGUGAUUGAUAAAAUUGAAAUACUGGUCACGAAAUCGCGGGACUUUGACAGAAUUUACGAGGAACAGAAAAAACGGAAAGACGAAAACGCAGAAAAAGCUCAGUAG